AUGCCUCAUAUUGACCCUCCAGAGACACCUGCAGCAGAGGGGACUCCCUCCGAACCCUUGACAAGACUACCCUUUCCUCCGAUUACACACUCCCACAUCUUGAACUGCUCGUAUCACAGCUGGCAACCUCGGUACCGGUCGUUUGUCCCCAAAUCCCGAGUGAUUCCCCUCAGCACCCAGUUCGUCUCCUACCUGCGUGCCGACGGUAUUGUUCUGCCGCCGGAGGCUGCCCCGCCCACAGACGACGACGAUAACCUCGACACCUUUUCCGACGAUGGCGAAGCUGAAGAGGCAGACCCAUCAGUCGAGUGGCCCGAGAUCCACUCCCAAAUCAAGUCCACGAUCAGCGAAUACGGGGGGAAAGUGACACCGAAGCUGAACUGGAGUGCUCCGAAAGAUGCAACCUGGAUGUCGGCCACCAACGACUUACAGUGCCGCACGCCCAACGACAUUUAUCUGCUGCUGAAGAGCAGUGAUUUCAUCACUCAUGACCUGGAACAUCCCUUCGAUGAUUGCGUUCCCGACGCUGCCGCCGCUGAUGCCGCACCUGCCGACUCCGCGUCCUCCGAGACUCCGCCUGAGGUCCCCUACCACCUCAUCCUCCGCAAAUACGUCAACUUCAACCCGUCUCUCGAAUUCCGGUGCUGGGUGCGCAACCGUGUGCUGCUCUGCAUCUGCCAGCGCGACCAGAAUCACUUCGACUUCCUGUUCCCCAUGCGCGAUGCGCUCCGGUCGCGUAUCCAAGCGUUCUUCGACGACAAGCUGAAGAGCACGUUCCCCGAUCCGAGCUUCGUGUUCGACGUCUACAUUCCGCCGCCCCACGAGAAGGUCUGGCUGAUCGACAUCAACCCAUGGGCCGAGCGGACCGAUUCGCUGCUUUUCAGCUGGCUCGAGAUCCUGACGAUGAAGGACCCCGUCGGUAUCCUGGAGGAGGAGGAAGACGAUGGCGCGGAAGAGCAGUUCGUUCGGUUGUCUCUCCGCGGUGCCAACGGUGCAGUGGAAGAGGAGGCAGAAGAGCCCGAGUCCGAGUCCGAGUCGGAAUCCGAGAACGAGGGCGGGGACGAUGACGAUGCCCCGCUGUUCGCGGAGUUCCGGCUGGUGAAGCGCGAUGACCCCGAGGCAUAUGCUUUCACAACGCCACAGUACUCGGCGCAUAAGUUGCCCAAGGAAGUGGUGGAUGCCUCCCUUACGGGCCCCGGGGGCAUGAGCGAGUUCCUCGGGCAGUGGCAGGAUAUCCUUGCCAAGCAGACCCAGGAAUCCGAUUCGGACGAGUGA